AUAGUGGGACUGGCGUCGGCGGCGAGCGCUUCCAGUGGUCACGGUGCUCGGGUGAGGACGUUUCCUCAGACCGCCGUCUCUGGGCCGAGGUGGAGGCUGAACGAGGAGGGCCGUCCACUACCUUUCAGACGAGGGUACCCUAGAAGCUUCGUCUUCAACGUCCUGCCACGAGCCAGGACACCGCGCCGCCGACUCACUGAACACGAUCGAUUCUGCCGACACACCGACUCGGGGUGUUGAUGUCCGGCGCAGUUCCGGGACCGGGACAAAGGCCGACGGAGGAGCGGGAGCCGCACGAGCUGCACUGCGUCCACCGGCCGUGUCAGUGGACAGAGCGGGUGGUCCAACAGUGUGUGGACGGUACUGAGCUCUGUCCACCGGAGCCGACCACGGCGGAGGCGGCGAAUAUCAGAUGGAGAUGACAGAUGUGCGUGAAGACCUGGCCGCCCUUCGCCGGGAGGUGGCCUCCCUUCGCGAGGAGGUGGCCAAAGUCCAGGGGGAGAACGCCGCACCACACGGUGCGGUGGUCCUCCUGGAGCAAGCACUGGUUGAAGAGCGGACCACUCGCCAGACCGUGGUGGAGGAUCGCUACGGUUUGGCGUGUGGCGUGUUUCUACUCGGUUUGGUGUGUUUCUACUGCGUCCGCCGGCGAGCGGCGCCAUCCGGCCGUCCCCAGGGUAAAAUUUCAAAAGCGUGUCAUGACGUCACAGUACAGACGGAGCCGCAGCCACCGGCAGACAGUGAUACCACAGUGCUGAGAGAGGCGCUAAGGACCGUGACGACGUUCGACGCUCCGUCAGCCCUUGGCGAGGACCAGCUGACGGCGCUCCUGCAGAGUCUUCCCCGCUUGGAGGAGCUGACCGUCAGGGUCCCGUCCUUCGGAACGGGGCGGUGGCUGCGGCUGCUGCCGACGUCACUGAGGACGCUAUACGUUGCCGGGCCGGAGGUGACGAAGCCGAGGUGGCCGGGACGGUACGGGAGUGGUCUGUCGGUAUCUCUCCAGGGGGUGGCUGCCGAUACCAUCAGUCACCUGGCCACGGAGCUGGGGUCUCGGAUUACGCUACUUGUCACGGAUGCACAAAUUACUACUAUUCCAAGUCAACUUCGUGGUGCCAUCAUCAGGGUGGACCCAAACACUGUCAUCCUUCCGGUCGGAGUCGGUGACAGCGAGCUGACGGAGCUGCGGAGCUCACGGGAGACUGUGAAGCGGCUGUCAGUCUCCGCCGCCGACCUCCCGCGACUGAGGGGGCAGCUGCCGGAGGGCCUCCAGCGCCUCAAUGUCAGAGGGCCGGAGGUGACGGAGCCGAGGUGGCCGGAAUGGAACCCGUUGGCUCGUGGUGCCCUGAGCUGCGGUGGCUGUCAGUCACCCCCGCCGACCUCCCGCGACUGA